UCUCUGUCUUCGCGCUGUGGGGUGACCCCAGGGGAGACUACUGGUUUUCUGGGAAACUUUAUUUUUAUUGGGUCCUUCUUCAACACGUGCGAGCCAUUGCAAGGUACCAGCGCUAUGAAUUCUGGCGGUCAAAGUAACCGGCCGAAGAAAACUCGCAGUUCUGCCAUGCCCAGCACUAACAAUAACUCGCGGUACCGCGGUAAGGAGCCGCGCUCCAGCCAGGGCCGGCCGCCGCUGGAGGCCUCCGGUGUAUACGCCGACCCCAAGUAUGCCCACGCACUCAGCUCGGUGAUCGGGUGUACGGUGCAGGUACUGACCACGGCACACCAGCGCUUUGAGGGCGUGCUCGUCUCGGUGUCCAGUGAAAAUGACGCCGCUCUCGGCAUGGUAAACCUCGUCGACGAGGCCGACCCCAAACGCAUCGACCCCAAGGAGGUCAAGGAUAAGCUCAUCUUCAAGACGGACAAGAUUGUCACCAUGACCGUGCGCAAUGUGGAUCUCGAUUACGCGGCCAAAUCCGGUUUUCAGACGGACAGCGCUAUCCAAUCGAAGACGAACGGUGCCCCGGCGGCUCCCAAAGAGCUGCAGCCCUGGGUGGCUGACGUGGCGCCCUCCGAAAAACUGGUGACACUCGGCAGCGCGAACGGCUGGGACCCGCACGAUAUGUUUACACUGAAUGAGCGCAAGUACGGCGUGCGCUCGACGUACGACCAGUCUCUACAGGGCUACACUACACAGCUGGAGCAGACUUCCCACGACCAGGAGGCGCACGCCAAGCGCAUUGCCGAUGAGAUAGAGCGCUCGAGCACGUCCCGCCAUCGUGCCGACAUGGAGAACGGAGACGAAGAGACGACGUUCGCGGCUGUGGUGCGGCCCGGCGGAGACAGGGGAGACAGAGGAGAGCGCGGGGACCGGUACGUGCCGCCGGCGCGCCGCCAGCCCAGCCGCGAGCCGCCGGCCGGGCCGCGCCAGUCGGGCCCGCGCGGACCGCCGCCGUCCGGCCGUCCGCCCCGCGGCGGCGGCGGGCCCCAGGGAGGGGGUAUGGGCGGCCGCGGACCGUCCCAGCAUCACGGACGCGGAGGUGGCGGCCGGCAGCCGCACCCGCGCGCCUCGCCCCCAGCGCACCUGCAGCCGCCGCAGCAUCACGGCCGCGUCAACGGAGACGGCGGGGAGCGCGGCUCGCCGCCCACGCCGGCCGCACCGUCGCCGUCGCCGCCGGCCCGCGGCGCCAGCAAGUCGCCGGCCGUGGAGUCUGACCGGCCGCGGGUGCGCUCUCCAGAGGAGCGCGCACAGACGGCUGAGACGCCGCGCCGCGGUCCGGAGCCGCGCGGCAACGGAGACGUGCGUAACGACGCCCGGCCGGCCAGCGGCGACGUGCGUAACGGAGACGUGCGUCACGGCAGCGAGCCGCGCCCCAGCGGCGACGUGCGGGUGAGCGGCGGCGGCGAGGGCCGGCCCGGCCGUGACGACGUCCGUGUCAGCGGCGGCGACACGCGCAGCUCUAGAGCGUCGGGCGACGUGCGCGCCAGCGAUGAUGUGCGCCAGCAGCAGCGACAGCAGAACGGCAAGGCCGAAAGACAGAACAUCGAGAGCCUGAAGACGUUCAAUAAGACAUUCAUGCUGUCUGAGGAGCCGGCGCGUCGCGAAGAGGCCGCUGCUCCGGCCGGUUCGCAGAGGACCACGCCGCCAGCCGGCCCCGGUGGCGCUCAGGGACAGAAACAGGAGACUCCGGCCGCCUCUCCGGCGCAAACGCCCGAGGCCAAACCGGCUGAGGGAGACAAGUCGGCCGGCGGCUCCAAGUCGAAACUGAACCCGAACGCCAAGGCAUUCACGCCGUCACAGCCGUCCUCGCUGCCGCAGACCGCCUUCUCGCCGUCGCCGACGCCGCCGCGCGUGGUGACGCCGAUGGCGGCCGUGCAGCCGGGCGGGCCGUACUCGCCGCUGCUGCCGGCCGGCUACCCGUCGCCAGUGCUCGGUGGGUACCUGCCGAUGGCCGGCGGCCAGCAGUUUGGCGUGGCGCCGCAGCCGCAGCCGCCGCCGCGCAUGGCGCGCCACAAGGGAGGUGGCGAGUACGCUCCGAUGGGCGGCAUGCCGCACCGCCCGGACGCCGCCACACCAAUGCAGGUGGCGGCGGUGACCGGCCAGCCGCUGAUGGCGCCCUCUCCGAUGGGCGGCCACCCGGCCGGUCCCCACCUGCCCAUGGCGCUGCCGCAGCCGGGACUGAUGCAGCCGGGACCCGGAGGGUACCCGCAGAUGGUGGUACGCAUGGUCCACCCGCCCAUGUACGGGGCGCCGGCGCCGCAGCAGGGCUACGAGCCGUCCGGCCAGCAGGGCGGCCCGCCGCCGGGCCCCGGCCCCCACCAGCUCGCCUACGGCAUGGUACCGCAGCCGGGGCCGGGCCCGGCGCAGCCGCCGACGCCGGGGCCGCAGCCGGGCGGCGCCGGGCCCGGCCUCAUGUACCCGGUGGCGGGCGCGGCCGGCGGCCCCGGCGGCCCGGCCAACAUGUACCUAGUGUCGGCCGGGCAGCAGAUGCACCCGGCGCACUUUGCGCUGAUGCAGCAGCAGGCCGGCGGUCAGCUGUCCAACGGACCGAUGACGUCCAGCGUGACGUCAGCAGUCAUGUCACUGGGCCAGCAGCCCUACUACAUUCCUGCCCAACAGCACCCGGGCCAGCCUUAUGGUCCGGCUAGCGGUGUGCCGAUGCCACUGGUCCCAAGUCAUCAAUGACCUAGUCGAGUGCCGUAGACUACCCAUUGACUAGUGCAUUGUGUGUCUGGACGCUGGGGGGCGGCGGCGUGACUGCGAGAGAGCGUGGGAGCGAGAGAGGGAGAGAGAGACAGUGGACCGAGAGCGAGAUCCGCUGCCAUGUUGAGUUUUGUAUCGGUAUUUAUGAGCUAACUGCGUUGUACUCCGCGAGGAGAGAGUGUGGGAGUGAGUGGUUAGAGUGGGUGAGUGGAGACCGUGCAGCGGCGGGUAGCCGCGGCCUAUUGGCGCUCCUGUAAAUCUGAGGAAUGGUUGCGCCCUUCCUAAUUGUACAGCCUCGCGUAGACCCUGCCACUUAUGUCGAUGACAGGGCCGUUCUGUCUUUUUUCUCUCAUCUUCUUGUAGCUGUCCUUUCCUGUGAAGCAUGUACGGGCGUCCCAUGGAGUGGCGGCGGCUCACGCGCCGACGGCGCCGACUCUGGGACUGCCCCUCCCCUGCCGGCCCCCGCGGCCGGCGGACCCUUUUAUACGCGUCGUUCUUUGCGUCGUUUUAGCGGGUGGAGACGCGUCGCGCGGUGGACUGUGCGUGUGUCGGUGUGCGUGCGCGUGCGACUGUGGUGUGCGUGUGGUCGCCUUCCGGCCGAAUGGUUUGGUCGCCUUCCGGCCGAAUGGUUGUGUUACUGCGGCGCGCUCCCGGCACUUCAGAGCUCAGGGACGCGCCCGCCUGGCGCUCGCGUCGGCGCGACGAGACGCCAGCGACACCUGUUAGCGCGCCGACAGAGCCAUCUACUGGCUACGAAACGAGGCUGAGAUCAACUGGCCCAGUUAUCGAGCAGCAUACCUUUUAGCUGCUAAAAUGUCAAAACGAGAGACGACGUUGCCAUGAAGAGAGAGACACAGUUUUUAUUUCAUCAUUAUACCGUAAAGAGUAGGGGCGAUGAGGAGUGGAUAAAUUUAGCCAUGCGUUGACAGGUGCCAGAGGAAUGAACUGGAAUUCGAAAUAAAUUGAAACCGGAGAUACCCAAGUAAACGGCGAAUUCUUG